AGCGGGGGUGUUCAAGAGGAGGUUCGCAUCGUUGAAUUAACCAAUAAGAGAAGAGAUGAUAGUUUCCUUGGUUACAAAUUUUGUCAACCCAUACACUGUACAGAGAAGGAUAGCACAAGGCACUACAGUGCAUGAAAGCAGAGCGCUAUAAUGAUGAGUGAAAGAGAUGUGCAUAUGUUCAUCACACACUACAGAGCAGAAGAUGUGGAAAAACUGACACUGCGGAUGAAAAAUGGUCUCUGCAGCUCAAAGUACAAACCGGGUGAAUAUAAAAGACUACAAGCUAUUGUUGAUGCCCAACGUCUGGAAUCUGAUCUAAUUGGACAAAAGGUACAGAAGACUCACUGUGCAGCCAAGGCAACCAAGGAGAGCUCCAUUUUACGGCAGCACAGACAGGUGUGGAGCAGAGAGUGCCCCAGGCUGCAAAAGGCUGAGGAGAAGGCUGAGAGUGACAUCUGUGAUUUUCUGGAGCAGAUCAGGCCGAAUAGUAGAACAGACACUGCCAUCUUCUCACUUCAAGAUUAUGAGCUGUUCCUUAAGAGGGAGCGGCAGGCUUUCAGGAUAGCUACUGUUGAGCCUGUUCAUCAGCUAAGGCAUGACCUGUGCUUCAGACUGGGUGAAGUACAACAUCAGAAGCUCACUGCCCAUCCAUCAAGCUGGAAACAAGUAAUACAACAGAUACACUUUGUAAAAGACCAGCAAGAUGGCAUUACUGCAAAACUUCAUGCAGAGUUCCUAGCAUUGGAGGAGGAGAUUUUGGGCCUUGGCUUGGAGAAAUAUCUUACUAGUACUUCGGAUAAUCUGGUGAACAUUGAAAAUAUUCCAGAGGAGGUUUUGAAUUCAGACUGCCCUUACCCAGAGCUGAUGGACUCCCUGAUCCAGGCCUUCCACUCCCUGUCAGACAGAUACCAGAGCAGGCUGCAGUGUCUUCAAGAACAACUGCAAAGAACUGACAGGUUCUGUGGCUGGUAUCCAGAUGACCACCUACGCUUCCAGUUUACAUUGUUUGAGUACACCCAUGACAUACCCAACCACAGAGCACUCUUCAUGGACAUGCUGCAAAGACUCUUCCCUGAGAAAACUAGACAAGAGCUGAUGGAGCAUGAACGUGUGUGGGACUGGGAGCGCUUCACCCAGGUACAGUUGAGCGUAGUGACCCAGCAGUGGCAACGGGACCAGGAAGAGCUACUGGCCAGAGCCCUGGUCACAUUACAAGAGGCAAGACAUACCCACCGGGAGGAGCUGGAGCUCCACAGAGACCGCCAGAACCAGCAGGACAUCUGCUUGCGGCUCAGAGAGAAGCUGCAGCGGUGGCGGGCCCAGCAGGAGGAGGUGGCGAAGCUGGAGGCAGCUAUAGCUGCUAGACAACAAGCGGAGGAAGAGGUGAGGUUAAAGAGGGAGCAGGAGAGGGAGACCACCAUCAGGUCACAGCAGAAAGAAAAGGUCAGGCAGUUUUAUUUAAAGCAGCAGAAGAGGAGGGAUGUGCUGGAGCAGAGAGAUCAAGAGAGACUUGCUUAUCUGAGGAGCGUCAUGGAAGAACAGGAAAGGAGAGACAAGAAGAGGGUGCAGUUUAGGGCAGAUAUGUUGCAGCGGCGCAGGGAAGAGAGAGAGGCGCGGGAGCUUGAGCAUCAGAGAGAAGAAGAAGAGAAACUGAAUCGUCUGGAAGCUCUCAGAAAGCAGGUUGGGGUGGUGGCAGUGGCAGACCCAGAGAGGAUGAUGGCAGAUACAGAGGCUUGGAGGAGUCGACACUUGAAUGUAAAGGAGUCUGAGCUCCAAAGGCCUCUCUACAGUAUUAACACAUACACAGACACACAGGUGAGAUUGUGUCUGAUCCAAGAGUGCGGGUUGAGCAGGCACUGCGGGAGGCUGGUCUGCACCACAGCCAAUAUGCCAAAGAGGUUCUGUCUGUCAUCAAACCCCCCAAACCACCUCGACGAGACACAAAAUCCAUACUCAAAUUCUGACCAAGGGCUUGUUGGGGUCAUAUUAUCAAGUCAAACUAACCAUUUUUCGGGUAUUAAGAUUAUAUGAUUGUAAAUACAU